AUGGCUACCCCCAGUGUCCUCGCUUUUGACGCUGAGGGUCGAGCCAUUGACUUUGAGGUCUGGGUCGACGACCUGCAGUUGUUUCUACAGUGCGAUAGGGCGGACGGUCUUUCUCUCUUUGACCUCACCUCUUGCGCCUCUCCUGCUCCUGCUGCUGAUGCUGACCCCACUGUUCGCUCUCAGUGGGCCACCCGCGAUGCUGCUGCACGUCUUGCUGUGGGUCGCCACUUGCCCACCACUGAGCGCGCGCACUUUAGUCAGUACAAGAGUGCUCAGACCUUGUACGACGCUGUAGUUGCGCGCUACUCUUCCCCUGCCACUGCUGCACUGAGCCUCACUCGCCUCCCUGACUCCCUUCGCGUAGUCAGGGACCACUUCCUCUCAGUCUGUCCCACCACUCUCACUGUUGAUCUCCUCGAGAAGGCCCUCCUAGCGGCAGAGAAGAGAAUAGUCGCUGUAGGAGCCUCCCGUGGAGACCCGCGCACCCCCAUCUUUGAGGGGUGUUCUCCUUCCCCCCUGCUGCCCUCUGUUGCCUCUGCUGCUGCUGCCGACCUGCUUGGUCUUGAGUCGGUCGGCGCGGCGUCUGCCCCUAGCGGGAGACGCCGCCCUGGCAAGGGCAAGGGGGGCAAGGGCGCGGGUGGAGCUGGCGGGGGCGGUGGAGGUGGAGGUGGAGGCGGCGGAGGGAGUGGGGGUGGCGGUGGGAGUGGUGGCGGGAGUGGUGGCGGUGGCGGCGGCAGCGGCAGCGGAGGUGGUGGCGGCGGAGGCGGUGGGAGCGGAGGCGGUGGUGGUGGCAGAGGUGGAGGCGGUGGUGGCGGAGGAGGUGGAGCUGGUCGGGGCUUUAGCCCGUGCACCUACGUUCUUCGCAGCGGCGACCGCGCGGGUGAGCUGUGUGGGGGUGCCCACUCCACCCGGCGCUGCUUUGGCCGCGUGACGGACGCGUGGCGUCAGCAGUUCCCUGGCGCUUCUGAGAUCCCCCGCUGGGGAGAGCUGUCUAGAGCUGGUGUAGCGAUCUUUGAGCUAGACUUUGAUGCUAUCCUUGCUGCCAUGUAUGCUGUGUCUAUUAGUGAUGAGGGUGACUGUUACCGGUGUUUCCCGCCCGACCCGGGCAUUGGUACGGCUGCGCUAGGUGCCUGUGACACUGCUGCGCUCUCAGGUGCUGGUGAGGCUGCGCUCUCAGGUACUGGUGAGGCUGCGCUCUCAGGUACUGGUGAGGCUGCGCUCUCAGGUACUGCGUCGGCUUCGGCCUCCCUUACCUUUACACUUGACUCUGGGGAUUCUCGCUCCUUCUUUCGGGACCGCACCACACUCACGCCGCUUGGCCGGCCGGUUGCGGUCUCCCUGGCUGACCCCUCUGGGGGUCCUAUCCUCUCUCACUUCUCCACUGUCCUACCGUGUCCAGCUGCCCCCUCGGGCGCCCUGUCUGGUCUGUACCUCCCCUCGUUCUCGACGAACUUGGUGAGUGGUGCUGCCCUACAGGAUGCGGGGGUUCACCAGUUUACUCCUGCGAGUCAGCGGGUGACCCACUGCACGGACGCGCGCACAGGUCGGCACCUGGCCACGUUCUCCCGUCGGCCGGGGUCGAGCCUCUACACCCUGACCACUGAGUCUCCUCCUGUCCCUGUGUCUGGCCAGGUAGCUGCGUCGGGUCAGGUGUUUGCUGCUGCGUCCAGGUCUGGUCCUGAGUCUGCCCCCUGCUCGUGUCGCCUCCUGUCUCACGAGACUCUCCUGUUGCACCACCGUCUUGGCCACCCCUCCUUGCCCCGUCUCAGGGACAUGGCUUCCCGUGUUCUUCUCUCUGGUCUUCCCCGGUCUCUCCCUCCCCUUCCUUCGGGGCCAGGACCUUCCUGUGUCCCUUGUGUCAAGAGGUGCCUCCGGGCUGCACCCCACUCCUCACAGUUUCCUCCGACAGAGGCUCCUCUGCAGACGCUUCACAUGGACGUGUGGGGCCCGGCCCGCGUCCGUGGACAGGGUCACGAGCGCUACUUUCUGCUGGUGGUUGACGACUACUCGCGUUUCACCACAGUCUUCCCCUUGCGCAGCAAGGGUGAUGUCACUGAGGUGUUGAUCGACUGGAUCCGCGCAGCUCGUCUCCAGCUCAGGAGGAGCUUCGGCUCGGACUUUCCUGUUCUGCGUCUGCACUUUGACCGAGGCGGAGAGUUUUCCUCUGGCCUUCUUCGAGCCUACUGUCGAGCACAGGGCAUCCGCCAGACCUUUACGCUUCCGGACUCUCCGCAGCGAAAUGGGAUUGCUGAGCGCCGCAUUGGCAUGGUCAUGGACGUCGCUCGUACGUCCAUGAUGCAUGCGGCUGCCCCCCAUUUUCUGUGGCCGUUUGCGGUAUGGUACGCGGCGCAUCAGAUCAACCUUCACCCCGGGGUUUCCCGGCCGGGGAAGGUCCGUACCUCCCUGGCCCUCCUGUGGACAGGGAAGGUCGGCGAUGCGUCUGCGUUCCGUGUCUGGGGAUCUCGGGCGUUUGUCCGCGACUUGUCUGCGGACAAGCUGUCCCCUCGUGCUGCUCCCUGUGUCUUCCUUGGCUUCCCCCCUGACGCUCCAGGGUGGCAGUUCUACCACCCCUCCUCUCGUCGUGUUCUGUCCUCCCAGGACGUCACGUUCGACGAGUCAGUCCCCUUCUACCGCCUCUUCCCCUACCGCACUCCUUCCCUCCCCCCGCCACCGGAAUUCCUUGUGCCAGGUCCCCCCCGGGUAGACCCCCUCCCCCCUCAGGUUCCUGCCCCUUCAGGUGUGUCCCAGGUAGACGCAGUCGAGCCGGUCGAGGUUGCUGGUGACUCAGGUACUGCUGCGGGUGCUGAGCCUGGGGGUGCUGACUCUGGGGGUGCUGUGCGCGUGGGUGCUGAGCCUGGGGGUGACGAGCCUGGGGGUGCUGAGCCUGGGGGUGCUGUGCGCGUGGGUGUUGAGCCUGGGGGUGACGAGCCUGGGGUUGCUGAGUCUGGGGGUGCUGCACCAGAGGGUGUUGAGCCUGGGGGUGCUGCAUCUGGAGCUGCUGAGCCUGGAGGUGCGGAUUCUGCGGUCGCUGGACUUCCCCUUGUGGCGUCUGGCGGUGCAAGGCCUGGAGGUUCUCCAAGUGCUCCGUCUUGGCGGGAGCCCCUCUCUCCACAGGAGCUGCGCGAGUGGUUUGCUCGCCGCUGGAGACGUACUACUGGAGCUGGAGCUUCUUGGGCCACUGAGGGUGCUGGUGCCGCCGGUCCUGGAGCUGCUGGGCCUGCGGGUCCUACUGGAGCUGGAGCUACUAAGGGUGUUGGUGCUGAGACUGCUGCUGUCUGUCCUGGCGGUGGUCCUGCUGCUGGUGCGACUAGAGGUCCUGCCGCUGGAGGUGCUGUUGGCGCUGGUGCUGCCGCUGAGGGUGCUGGUGCUGUCCCUGCUGUGCCUGGAGUCCCCGCGCGGCCUCGGCCGUACUUCGUUCCGCUCCUGCAGCAGGUUCUUGGUCUUCCUUCUUCUGUAGAGUGUCCGCAUUCUGUCCAGUCGCAGUCACUGUUAGAGCCGGCCUCCCCACUGCCUGCUCCCUCUCCUUACACUGGUCCUACUGGAGGUCUCGCUGAGCGUCGUGAGCCUGCGUCUCGUCCCGCAUCGCCUGUUCGUGCUGCUCGCGCUAGUGGUCGUGGUUCGCGUCAGCGUCCUCCUCCUGUCCCUAGCACGCACCGGAUGUCUCUGCGUCCGUCUACUGCUCCUCUGCGUGCCCCUUUGCCUUCUCCUCCUGAGUCCUCUCUUCCUGCGCUUGCCGACCCGGAGUCGGACUCUCUUCGUGCUGCCAGUCCUACUGUCACGCGUCUUCUUGCUACUGUUGUCACUGACCCCUCUUUUGAGUCCACUGCUGCGUCUGCUCUUGUCGUUGAGCUCGUCGACUUUGCUGCUCGCUGUCGUCUAGACUACGCUGCUAGUCUUGUUGCUGAGUCUGCGUCUGUCUCUCCUCCGUCCGUCGGGGGUGAGUGUGCUCUUGGCACGGACGUCCUUGAGGACAGGCAGGAGGAGUUCCAGUGUCUGGCUGCUACUUCACCUCAUCUCGCGUCUGUACUGCUUGCCCCUGAGGGAGACCUAGAUGCACUAGACAUCCCGACUCCGCGUUCUUACGCGGAGGCCGUAGAGGGUCCCUACUCCUCUCAGUGGCAGGCAGCUAUGGAUGCAGAGAUGGCUUCCUGGAAGUCCACAGGCACCUACGUUGACGCGGUUCCCCCUCCUUGGGCGAACAUUGUCAGUGGCAUGUGGAUCUUCUGGGUGAAGCGGCCGCCAGGCUCUCCACCUGUCUUCAAGGCGCUGUACGUGGCUCGAGGCUUCAGUCAGCGGCAGGGAGUUGACUACUUUCAGACCUUCUCUCCCACCCCGAAGAUGACCACUCUUCGGGUGCUGCUACACAUAGCCGCUCAGCGCGACUACGAGCUUCACUCUCUUGACUUCAGCACUGCUUUCUUGCAGGUCAACGGUCUCCGCCAGGCACCGCGUGAGUGGCACGACACACUGAGGACUACGCUUGCGGCUCUUGGGUUUGCUCCCUCUACUGCUGACCCGUCGUUGUUUCUGCGCACCGACACCUCUCUGUCGCCAUUCUACAUCCUCGUGUACGUCGACGACUUGGUCUUUGCCACUGCUGACACUGCUGGUCUCGCCUACGUGAAGUCCGAGCUGCAGAAGAGACACACGUGCACAGACCUAGAGCACAUGGCUGCAGCGAAGAGGGUGUUGCGCUACUUGUGCAGUACGUCGGGCAUGGGGCUAGUGCUUGGAGGGCGGAGUCCAGUGGUCCUCACUGGUCACGCGGACGCUUCUUGGGCUGACGACCAGGCUACGCAGCGGUUGUCGCAGGGGUACACCUUCAGUCUUGGUUCUGGCUCUGUCUCUUGGCGGGCUACUCGCUCGUCUUCUGUUCUCGGCUCCAGUUGUGAGGCUGAGAUCUACGCCGGGGCCAUGGCUGCACAGGAGCUUCGCUGGCUCACCUACCUGCUGACUGACCUUGGAGAGGUGCCUCGUUCUCCUCCAGUGCUGUACGUAGACAACAAGGCCAUGCUGGCCUUGUGUCGAGAGCAGCGCUUGGAGCACAGAACGAAGCACAUUUCUCUUCGUUACUUCCUUGCUCGUGAGCUGCAGCAGCGUGGUCAGCUGCGACUUGCGUACGUGGCCUCUGAGGCCAACACUGCUGAUGUGUUCACCAAGGCACUUCCGCCUUGUGAUCAUCAGCGCUUCUGCACUCAGCUGGGACUUGUACCUGUCCUACCUCACUUGCUCACCUCUUGA